AUAAUAAAACAUAAUUAUAUAUAUUCUAAUAAUAUUUUAAAUUUAUAUGAAUAUGACAUCAAUACCAAUUCUUAUAUAAAUAAAUUUGAUGAAACAUAUAAAGAAGUUUCAUUAAAUGACUUUUUAGAUAUAAACAAAAAAAAAAAAUUAAAUAUUUUUUAUGAUAAUAAAAGAUUUGAGCCUUUUUAUAAAUAUGCCCAAAAUUAUAGUAAAGACAAUAAUUUAAAAAAAAUUAUGAAUAUAACUUAUUCAAAAGAAAAAUAUAUUAAUUCUGUUUCUGUACUAAAUAAAAACAAUAAAGAAGGAAAUGAUAUUAAUAAAAAUAUGUACAAUAAAAAUGAUACUAGUGAUGAUUUGAAAAAUCAUUUUGAAGAAUCACUAUCAUCUGAAAAUAGUAAUCAAAACCAUUCUAAUAAUUAUGUAGAAAAUGAAGAAAAUAAUAAAAAAGAUAAUAACAAUUCCAAUGAUUUGUUAGACAAAAUAAAAAAUAACCCUGAGUUAAAAAAUGAAAUUUUAAGAAAAAUUUGUGAAAAAAUGCAUAGCGAAUUCUGUGAAAUGAAAGUAUUGGAUGAGCAAGGAAAAAUUGAUUUAAAUAAAAUUGAUGAUAUUAAAAAUGAUAAGGAUAACGUUUUAUACAAAAAAGUAUAUGCUAUGCGUGAUUUUUUUUAUAAUAUAUAUUAUAAUAAUUAUAAACCUAAUCUAGAUUUAUAUGAAUUAGAAACAUUUGUUGAUGCUGAAUAUAGAACAUUUUCAUUUAAAAAAGAUUUAAAUACACUAUUUAUAAAUUGGGUAUUAAAUGAAAAUAAAGAAUUACCAAAAGUUCAUUUUGCAAAAAAAGAUGUUGAGAUAGCUAAAGAAAGAUUUUUAUCGAAAAGAAAAAGAAAAAUAUUAGAGUUUAAUAAAAUGUUUUUAAAACGUCACGGGCAAGGGGAAAAAAAUAAUAAACGCAAAGAAGAAUAUAAUGAAAAUGAAAAUGAGAAUGGAAAUAAAACAAAUAAGAAAUCAAUUAACUGCUUAAUUAAGUGGAAUUUUGAGUGUGAAGAUAAAUUUCAAGAAAUAAACGAUGAUGAUAAAAUAACAAAAGAAGACAACAAAAAAGAAGAUACUGAUAUAAACGAUGAUAAAAUAACAAAAGAAGACAACAAAAAAGAAGAUACUGAUAUAAACGAUUUUAAUUAUAAUAAAAAAGACUUUAAUAAUGAUGAAAAAGACUCAUAUAGUUUUUGUGAUGAAAAUCUAGAUGAUUUUGACGAUGCAGAAUCAUCUUUUGAUAAUUUAAGUUUUGCUAAAUUAGUUAUUUAUGAUGAUAAUUAUGAUAAGGAAGAAUUUGUGGAAACUUUAAUGCAAUAUAUAUCUACAUGUGAUUAUAAAAGAGCUCAUUCAAUUUAUAAUUUAUUAAAGAUAAAAGGAAAAGUUGACAGCUUAUAUUUUAAAAAUUUUGAAAGGGCUGAAAACUUAGCUUUUCUAUUAAGACAAUCAAAACAAAAAAUUUUAGUUGAUGUAGAAUUAUUAUAA